AUUACAGAUGGGAAGUUCGAAAUAAUGGAAGGCGACAGCGUUGUUGUGACAGGUAUAGUGCACGAAACAUCAAAUUUAGAACAAGAAAUGAUUCCGACAGAUCAAUUACCGAACAACAACGAUGAAGAAGAACACAUGUCCGCACGAGAUAUCUACAAGGAGUUGAAACUGCGCGGUUAUCAGUACAGCGGCUUGUUUCGAGGAUUAAAGAGUGCAUCUAUAUCAGGCAAAAAUGGGCAUAUUAUUUGGACAAACAAUUGGGUAACAUUUGUGGAUAACAUGUUACAGAUGCGUAUUAUCGGUUAUGAUACAAGGGAUUUAUAUGUUCCUACGAGUAUU